GGAAGGCAAGAUACAUCUUCGAAGUUCAGUCGUCAACAGUCUUCCGACAGUUCUGCUCUUGACGCACGUCAGGCUCUAUCCUUACCUCAGGUUACAAGUCAGGCAGGCACCAUGGAUGCCUCGCCGGACCCUACUGUUGUAUUUACUGCCCUGAAGGAUUUUCAGACAUUUCUUGGGAACUCAAGGUCCUUUUCGGCAAGUAGAGGUGGAACAGAGGCUAGGCGUUUGAACUUCUCCAGCUUCAGUAGAGACACCUCGUCAGCCUCGCUUCCCUCUCCUAAUUCUCCAGGUUACCCCAGGGGACAGAAGAGAAACCUCGAUUCUAUUGUAGGAUUUGAUGUUUCCAAGAAGCUCCGAGAGAAGGAAAGUGAAAUCAUCAACACUCAAGCAACAGUCACAAGGCUACAGGGACGCAUACAUGAGAUGGAAUUGACAAAUAAGAAAAAUAAACUUGAGAGUGAUGCAGAGAUAAGAGCCAUGCAGCACAAGCAACAAAAAGACAAGGAGUUGAUUGAUGACCUUCAACAUAAGUUAAAGAAGAUUCAGAAGGAAAAGGAGGAAGCCCAAGGUAGUGUGAAGAGUGCACGAGCACAGUGGGACACAGCUAACUUAGAGGCAGGGACACGGGUAAACAAGUUGCAGCAGACAUAUUUUGAACAGACCACCAAGAUGAAGGAGGAGAUCAACAGCCUUCAGGAACAGGUAGCAACCUUAGAGAGUGAAGUAGCAGAGAAGACAUCGAAGGUGGCACUAACAGAGAGUCACACAGAAGUAGUGGAAGCACGACUGGCUGAAUUACAGGAGAGGUUGAAACAAGCAGAGGAUAACCAGGCACAAGCUGAAGACCAUAAGCUGCAGCUGAAUAAAGCAUUGUCUAGAGUCAAGGAGUUAGAGCUGCAGCAUGAGGAGCUAAAAGAAACCAAGAAACAACAGGAAGUUUUUGAGACAACCAUGUGCAAGCUACCUAUUCUUGAAAAAGAACUUGCUAAGGUCAAAGAAGAUAACAAGUUUUUGAGGGACACAGCCAGAAACACUCAGCUGAUGGAGGAGCAGCUAACCACAGCAUUGCUGCAAGUGAAACAUCUUGAAGAGCGUUGUGAGGACAGAGCCACUCAGCAAGCCAAGGCAGACCUAUACAAGGAAACAUUGGAUAAAUUUGAGAACAUUGUGGGGAAAGAAUUUGGGCUUGGUCGAAAAGGUGCACCAGAAGAUCUUCAAAUAUACCUGGGUCAGUUACGGAAAGAAGACAAGGUCCUCACUGACAGUCUGGCUCAACUGCGUGCCAGCCACAAAUCCUUGGAAGAAGGUCGAGCACAAGAAGUUGAAGACCUGAAUCUGCUGAAAGCCAAACUGAAAAAACAAGAGCAUUUGAUUCAGCACCAUUCAGGGCAGAUCAAGAGGCUCAAUCGUAGAAUCUUCCUUGUCAAUAAGGAACGAGAGAGUUUGAAAGCCAUCUUGAGCUCUUAUGAGUCUGAAGCAACUAUCAGUUACUCUGUAGUAGGACAGGAGCGAGUGCACGGACUUGAGGGACAGGUGGAGCUGUACCGUCAGGAGGUAGAACGACUCAAUACUGAACUGCAGGAAGCAUGCAGCAGUGGCACCUCCCCUGCUGCUGCCGCUGGUGCUUCAUCUCAGCAAAGGAAGGAGGAUAUGAAAAUAACAGGAUUAGAAGAGAAGGUGCUGUCACUUGAGGAGGAGGUAGGAAAGCUGAAGCAGGAGAAGGAAGUUCUGGAACUACGGCUGGAACACCGUGCCCUUAAAGGAGAUUAUGACCCAACCAAGACAAAAGUUCUCCACUUCAAAGACAAUCCACAUGCCAGGGCUCUUGAGAACAGAAAGACUGAAAUGGAGAAGCUGCAGAAAGAGAAUGAGGCUUUACAGGAGCGUGUAAGAUUGCUAGAGCAGGGUGAAACUGAAGACCUCACUCAGAGGGUUGGAGUAAAGGUGACCAGUGAAUCCCACAAGGAAGUCAUGGAACUACAGGAGAAAGUGUCACAUCAAGAGAGAAAAAAUAAACGUCUUAUGGAGGCCUUCCAGCGCAAAGCCCGUGAGAUGCGGGAAAUGGUGUAUAGACUCACUGGUUACCGGGUUGACACUUAUGGAGAGAAGAAGUACAAGCUCAUCCAUAUGUAUGGAGAAUCUCCUGAUGACUAUCUCUUAUUUGAGCAUACUCCAGCUAAAGAAAUUCAGCUCCUGGAAACCGACUUUUCUAACAACAUAGAAGACUUGAUUGAUGCAUACUUGCGGCAUGAGAACUCGUAUCCUGCUUUUCUCUCAGCCAUCACCCUGGAUCUCUUCAAUCGUCAAACUAAAUACCAAGCACAUUCCAGCAGCGAGGAGGAGGAGGAAGAAGUGGAGGUGGAGAUGGAAACCGAUAGAAAGGAUAUCAAAAGAGAUGGCAGAAUGGGUAAUCAAGAGACACAAAAACCAGGUGGCGGUGGUGGUGGUGGUAAUGAUGAUGAUGAUGAUGAUGACUUAGUUAUCCUGGAUUAGCUGUGUUACUCAAGGGAUUUUUAACCUUUUUAAGUUACCGUGCUAAGCUUAUUAACAUACUACAUUUAUAUGUUUAUGUAUAUUUCAAUUACAUACUAGAGGAGAAUUAAGAUACAAAGGAUGGAGUGCAUGUAGAUCUAUAUACUUACAUAGACUUCAUGAUUUGGUUAUAUCCCUUUAAGGUAGUGUCAUUUGUUGUAUAGAUACUCCAUAAGAUAUGAUAUGAGAAUAAAUUUCUUUUCUAUA